AUGAAUGAUAUUCAUCCGGAACUGCUCAAAGUAUUGUAUAAUUUGCCACCGGAUUUUGACGUUCAAGUGAAAAAUGCAGAGGAAAAAAGUGGUGUCAAAAGAGAACAUUUUGUUUAUGGCUUGUCAGCUUUUUUGGCUAUUUAUAUGAUUAUUGGCAGUGAAGCUGGUCUCCUGUGCAAUAUCAUCUGUUUUACUUAUCCAGCAAUAGUUAGCAUUCAGGUAUAUUUCUACAUUUAG